AUGGGUGUUGGGAAGUCUAAACUAGAUAAGUGCCCUCUUUCUUGGCAUAAAAGAGACAGUGUGGAUGGCGAUCAAGGCUGCCAUGAGUCAGACUCCAAGAACUCUGAGAAUGCGUCCUCGCCUGCUUUUGUGGUGCAUAGCAAUGGAGUAGAGCAGCCAAUAGGGGAGCAGGACAGACCCGAGGCAAAGGGGGAGGGGCAUGAGGAGCAAGCUGAAGAAGAGUUCCUCAAAUUUGUGAUACUGCACGCAGAAGAUGACACCAACGAGGCCCUCCGAGUCCAGAAUCUACUGCAAAACGACUUUGGUAUCAGGCCUGGGAUAGUUUUCGCCGAGAUGCCAUGCGGAAGACUGCACUUGCAGAAUCUAGACGAUGCGGUAAAUGGGUCCGCCUGGACGAUCUUGUUACUGACUGAGAACUUCUUAAGAGACACCUGGUGCAACUUCCAGUUCUACACUUCCCUGAUGAAUUCUGUGAACAGGCAACACAAGUACAAUUCCGUCAUACCUAUGCGGCCCCUGAACAGUCCUCUUCCCAGGGAAAGGACUCCGUUGGCGCUGCAAACCAUCAAUGCCUUAGAGGAAGAAAGCCAAGGCUUUUCCACACAAGUGGAGAGGAUUUUCCGGGAAUCUGUGUAUGAGAGGCAACAAAGUGUAUGGAAGGAGACACGAAGUGUGACACAGAGACAGUUCAUUGCCUGAAAUGGAGCAUGCACCCGGCUCCUGUUUUGUAAACAAAAUGGCUCACCUUCACUUAAGAGAGUGGUUUCUAAGAAAUGCUUAGAUGUGAGUCUGCUUCCAAGAAAUCUGUGGCUCGUAAGAAAGGUACAUUUCUGCAGCCUUAGGAUUGUGCUACUUUCAAAUGAUAAACUCAAGACUGUCAGAGUUUCUGGCACUUUUCUUAUAGUUUUCACAGUUCAUGAAUAUUCUUAACUCAUUUCUUGUGUUGAACCAGACAUUUUCAAAAUACGAUAUUGAAAAUUCUCAAAAGACAUGAUGAAAAUGGCUCUGGCUGGAGCAGGUCUGACCACCUCCCUUCCUGCUUCUCUCAUGAAUUUUAAAUACCACAAAGCAUCCUAGCGCUGUCACACAGAAACAUGGGUGGCCAGAAUGGGACAUGUGCAGUAUAGGAGUAGUAAAUAGGAGAUCAGAUAUAGACUUCGGGCUGGGCACAAGUGGCACUCGCCUUUAGUCCCAGCACUCAGGAGGCAGAGGCAGGAAGAUCUCUCCUGCUCAUUCGCCAGCCUGGCCUAUAGAGUGAGUUCCAGGAUAUCCAGAGCUACAUAGAGAAACAAUAUCUUGAAAAAAAAAUUAGAAUUAGUCAAAACAGUCAGGUUUUGGGAAAUAAUCCAGCCAUGUGUGGUUUUAUUUCUGCUGGAAUUCGGAACUAGAUCCUACCACAAAUUGGCAGUCCUUUCGAGAAUGUGAUAGAGGGACUCUGGGGAGAUGGGUCCCCAUCUUGUUAGGUGUCUUCUGCGACCAGGGCUUUAAUUCUUGUGAAUUUAAAGCUUGUGAAAAAUAUGCAACUCAUCAGCUCUUGGCUUUUAAAAUCAAUAACCUCUCACAUUAGCCUUUAGAAUGUCCCUUGCACACAGUGUUUAACUCAGGGAAUGUUUCUUAGCUAGGGCAGUGUGUGU